ACGUUCAUGCGCCCGAAAAAGUUUGGGGCAACUGCCGGCAACCGAGCAAAGUGACAAUCAUCGUCACAAGAUAACCUAAUUUUUCUAGCCAUGUUUUCAUCAGUCUUUAUGCAUGUUUUAAAAAUCCGCAUCUAGCUUUAACAUGUCGUCCCCUGUGAGUUUCGAAAUUAUAGUCGGAACCUACGAAGAAUAUAUUCUAGGCUACAUUUUCACAUCAAACAAACAGACUAUUCAGCAAAGUUUCGCUUCUCAUGACCACAAUGCCAGCAUACGAUGUCUGGCGACAAAUGGCAAUUAUUUAGCUUCAGGGGCAUCAGACGAUCGCAUAAUAAUAUACGAUUUGAAAGCCAGAAAGGAGCACUGCAUGCUCACACAGCAUGAAAGCACUAUCACUGCUGUGCAGUUUACAAACAAGCAUUCCCAUGUGAUGUCGGCUAGUCAAGAUGGGGCGCUUGCCAUUGUCAGAGUGGGCAAUUGGCAGCUGGAAAAGCUGUGGGACAAGGCCCACAAGGAAGGUAUGGUUGUGGAUAUUGCCUUGCAUCCUAGUGGGAAGCUGGCUUUAACUCUCGGAAGCGAUGGUUGCAUACAGACUUGGGACCUGGUGAAGGGCAGAAAAGCCUACAUAAUUAACCUGAAAACAAAGUGCGAAGACCCUAAGAGCUUGGAGAAAAUUAGUUUUUCCCCCGAUGGUACGAAGUUCGUACUAUUUGGAGGCAACUACAUAGGAAUAUGGAGCCUUGAGGUGGGAGGCGCCGUGCAAGUCAUAACCCGCGAAAACAAAGUCACAUGCUGCAUUUGGCAGGGUAAUUGCCAUGUUUUGGUGGGCCAUGAAGAUGGAAGCAUGGCCUCCAUAAGCAUACUUACCAAAGAAGCAGAAAAGGAAAUCAAUCGAGCGCACAAUGGACGAAUAAAGGCUGCAGAUUGCUCAGAGGGCUACAUAGUAACGGCAUCCAGCACAGGUGAACUGAAAGUUUGGGACAGUGAGUUUACAGAGCUUUGCAAAAUUAACUCAGGCUGCAGAGUCACCUGUAUGAAAAUAACCAAAUGGCUGGGCUUUACCAUAAAAGAAGAGCCCCAAAAUGAUGCAGAAACAAAAGUGUUCCAUGCAGCUAAACCAGUUGAGAGCAAAGUGAUUGUGGAAUACGAACAAAGCUCUGAAGAUGAACAUGCUGAGCCGAAGAAGAAAGCACGGGAUCAACUGAAAAACCCUGCCAUUAGUGGCAAAGCGAUAAAAAAAUCAAAGAAAAACCAUGUUAAGCGACUAAAGGACAAGAAGGUUGGGGAACGCGAUGCCGUUACGGAGAAGAAAAGCAAAAGGAAGGGAUCAAGUGGUGUAAGCUCAACGGCCAGUAAAAUGAGCAAGAAGAUGAAGAAAAAGAAAAAAAAAGAUGUAGCUGAUUAAGGCCAUGUUAAAUUUGAGCGUAAUAAAAUCGUUUUUAUAAACACGAA